AUGUUUCAAAACCGAGAGCCUACUCGGCGCCAGUACAAGAUCAAGUUGGAGUUCCUGCAUUUCAUUUCUCUUACCGGGACUGCCAAGGCUACACUUUCACGAGAGCACAAAUAUUGCGUCGAUGAUGAGCCAAUGCGGCCUCGAGUAGUUCGUUCGCCAGACCCAGCACCUGAUACAAGCAAGAAAAUAGUAAAGGCCAACUUCAAGGGCUCGCGCUUCAAGAAAGUCAAGGCAGCGGACUCCUCAUCCGCCCCUGGAAGCCUCCUGGUUGUGGGGUUAGCCUUCGGGUGUUCCGACCUCCUCUUCACUUUGUUGGCUCUGGACAUAUUGAUGGAGUGCUGUUUCUUCUAUUUCGAGGUUGACACUACAAAACGAGGACAUUUACCCAUCUUGGAGCCGGGGGUUUCGCUGGCCGCCGAAAGACCUUUCGCGAUGCAGUGA